UCAGGAGGCCGUUGAAUAAAUUCACAUUUGGAUUGGUUGCGGGAGAUGUCCGUCAAACAAGGUCUCGGCUGGUUGCAUCCUAGCAUGUUUGGUGCCUGGUCACCUGUGAACGAACAGCUGCUGAGUGAAGCCACCGAGGAAAUCGCGGUUUAGUGGCAGAGAAGAGAAGCUAUGGCUACAGACUCUCCACGUCGUUCCAGUCGUUGUGCUGGUGGAGUCGUGGUCCGACAUCAGGCAGUAACGGAACAGUCAUAUAUGGAGAGUGUUGUUACCUUUCUACAAGAUGUAGUCCCACAGGCAUACACUGGCUCAGCUCCAACAGAUGAGAAAGAAAAAAUAGUCUGGGUUCGCUUUGAAAAAGCUGAUAUAAAUGAUCUUGCAAGAAAUCCAGAGUAUCAUGAGAUGAACAAUACUGGAAAUGAUCCUCCAUUGCUGCUGCUCCUUGGGUAUGCAGAUGGAAUGCAAAUCUGGAGCAUCCCUGUGAGUGGCGAGGCUCAGGAGCUGUAUUCUAUCCGUAAUGGUCCCAUCCGGACAGCAAGAGUUCUGCCUGCCCCGCAGACAAGUCUUCAUAAAAUUGAUAAUUUUGCCGACAAAAGGCCGCUUCUUGGUGUGUGCAAAAGCACAGGAUCAGCGGGCCCACCAUAUUGCUGUGUAGAUCUAUACUCUCUUCGUACUGGUGAAAUGGUCAAGUCCAUCCAGUUCAAAACUCCCAUCUAUGAGCUGCAUUGUAACAAAAGGGUCUUGGUAGUUGUAUUACAGGAGAAGAUUGCCACUUUUGAUAGCUACACUUUCGCUAAAAAGUUCUUUGUCACAAGUUGUUUUCCAUGUCCGGGGCCAAAUCCUAAUCCCAUAGCACUGGGAAGCCGUUGGCUUGCCUAUGCUGAGAAUAAGCUCAUUCACUGUCAUCGAUCCCGCGGUGGGGCCUGUGGAGACAACAUCCAGUCUUAUACUGCCACAGUCAUCAGUGCUGCCAAAACAUUCAAGACUGGACUCACCAUGUUUGGGGAAGCAGUGGGUCGGCUGGCUGGCAGUUUACCCUCGGGGUCACUUGAGGAUGAGGUUUCCACACACAGUGCCUCUCGACGCAGCCCGCACGUCCCUGGGGUUGUCACAAUCAUCGAUACUGAAACUGUUGGGGAAGGACAGGUGCUUGUCAGUGAGGAGGCCGAAGCUAAAGGCAUAGUGGCUCAUUUCCUGGCUCAUGAUAAUAAACCCAUUUCCUGCAUGGCUUUCAACCCCAGUGGAAUGUUGCUGGUUACCACUGACACACAAGGUCACGACUUUCAUGUAUUUCGGAUCCUGACGCACCCAUGCUCAUCCUCUCAGAGUGCGGUUCAUCAUUUGUAUACCUUACAUCGUGGAGAGACAGAGGCUAAGGUGCAGGACAUUUGUUUCAGCCAGGACUGCCGCUGGGUGGUGAUCAGCACACUGAGAGGGACCUCGCAUGUGUUUCCCGUAAAUCCAUAUGGUGGGCAGCCCUCUGUGCGAACUCACAUGUCUCCUCGCGUGGUGAAUCGCAUGAGUCGAUUUCAGAAGAGUGCUGGGCUAGAAGAUAUUGAACAGGAGCUAUCAUCCAAACAAGGUGGACGCUGCAGUCCAGUGCCUGGUCUUUCGAGCAGUCCUUCCACUUCACCUCUUCACAGCAAACUAAGCGGCCAGGACAGUUACAACAGUUUCACCAACAACAAUCUGGGCAACCCACGGUUCUCACCCAUCCCAACUCUGACCAUUGUGCUGCCCCUGGCACAGAUCAAACAGCCCAUGACACUGGGAACCAUCACAAAGCGCACAGGUAAGAGCAAGUCUAGGUCCGUUCCACAGAUUUCCCCAAGCAAGGCUGUGGGUGGAGAGUUCUGUGUUGCUGCCACAUUUGCUUCAUCGCGUUCCUGGUUAACCACCAAUACUGGCCUGAAGCGGGAGAAAGAUCAAUCAAAGCAGUCAGUGGUGGACUCCCUGUUCAUUAUAAGUUGUUAUGGUAACCUGGUGGAGCACACAAUUGAGCCACGGCCGGUCACCACUGCGCAGAAGAUCAGCGAUGAUACUCAGCUGGAGCUGUUGACAUCUCCUCGAGCCAGCUGGUCUCUGGCCAGGACUCCGCAGUGGAAUGAACUUCAGCCACCCUUCAAUGCAAACCAUCCCUUGCUGCUCAGUGCCGAUGCUGUCCAACAUUAUCAAAACCAGCUGGUUACAAUGGCAUCACCGGGCAGUCCUAGACCCACCUUUACACGCCACGAGUCUUGUGACAGUCUUGGAUCAGACCACAGUGGCCAAGAAGAUGAGGAGUGGUUAUCACAGGUGGAGAUUGUGACACAUACCGGACCCCACAGGCGUCUGUGGAUGGGCCCACAAUUUCAGUUUAAGACAAUCCAUCCUUCAGGACAAACAACAGUGAUUUCUUCCAGUUCGUCAGUACUUCAGUCACAUGGGCCGUGUGACACACCACAGCCACUAAUGGACUUUGAUACUGAUGACUUAGAGCUCAAUAGUCUGAGAAUCCAGCCAGUCCGCUCAGAACCUGUUAGCAUGCCUGCAUCAUCAAGGGUAAUUGCUGAUCGGAGAACUCUUUCAACUGUGAUUGAUGCUGGGUCAGGGACGUUUGACCGUAGCGUGACGCUACUGGAAGUGUGUGGCAGUUGGCCAGAGAGCUUUGGACUGCGACAAAUGUCUUCUAUCGAUAACACUGACGAAGGACUUCGUGAGCGUCUGGCAGACGCCAUGUCUGAGUCACCCAGCAGGGACAUUGUGGGCUCUGGAACAGAACUGCAGCGAGAGGGGAGCAUCGAGACACUAAGCAACAGCUCAGGCUCCACCAGCGGAAGCAUCCCACGCAACUUUGAGGGCUACCGGUCACCUUUGCCCACCAACGAGAACCAGCCACUUAGCCUCUUUCCAACAAGUUUCAACUAAGCCCCUUCACUCAUCCCUCUCACACAACCCUCCCUUCUUCUUCCUCACCCCCAGCCCCUAUCCUCUCCUACUCUUUUCUUCUCAUCCUACCCUUUCCUACUCUUUCUCUUCCCCUCCCUCCACCCCCUCCCGCAGUAAUUUCCUGCCAUUGGAGCCAUGCCAACCAAGGUCAACAAAAUGGACCGCCGGACACUGUCUCACCAUCUCCAGUAAUUACUGCACUGACACUUGUCACCUGAAUGGCGGACACGAUCACAACUUGUAACUCGUAGUUCAUGGUUUGUAUCAUUCAUUGGAGUUGGCUUUCCAGACCUCUAAUUCUCAAAAAGAGAUACUAACAAAGGGAUUAUUUACACUGUUGAAUCAGGGACAUAUAUAUCUCUAUUUCAUGUUCUUUCGGUUAAUUCAUGUUUGCAAUGCUUUAUUUCUGGGGUUGGAUCUGCCACUGUUGCCUGACUAGGAAUGUUAAAUUGAUACCGUUUUGGGUUUCAGUGGGAACCUCUUAUCUGAGGUUUCCCGCUUUGUGGAUUGCUGUGAUUGGGGUUUCUAACAUUAAAAAGUUCAAGGAUCACUUGUCCACUGACUCCAUUUGCAUCCUGCUAUUAACCUCCUUGGGGCUGGGAGGAUGACUGGGAGAUUUCACGGCUAAGACGUUCAAUGUUGCAACAAGAAUCACAGGGGUGAACUGAUUACAAACAGUCGGCUCAGUAGUCAGUUCCCAGACUCUGAGGUCCCUGUGCUCCAACUGCUCCAGUGAUGUGGUCAGAACACACUGGAUCAAUAGAGAUCACUAGUCAAACAUCUAACAAAUAAAAAUGUGUAUGGAAUUCUGGUGGGAGAGAUUGCCGAAAGUAAAAGAUUCUGAAAAGUCCCUUUAUUUACUCUAAGUUACCACUGGAAAAUGUCAUGUCCAGCUGUAUCAUUGCUCUCUCCAAUCAGUUUAGUCACUCUACUUUUGAAGUGCUGACUUCCCAUGGUAUUCGGCACACAACCACCUCUCUGAUGGAUAGGAGUCCUAGGCAGGCUGACAGUUCAUCUCAAGCAAAGAGGAACUACCGUGGGAUUCGAGUCUUAGGGGAACUGACCUGCCUGUCUCUGGCUCAAGGGUCUUAGAAGAACUGACCUAGGAAAGAUAGCAUGGGAACAGACCACCCUACUGUGAGACUUGGAUCUCAGGAGAACUGACCUGCUUGUCUCUGGCCAAAGGGUCUUAGGGGAACUAAUCUGUCUGUCUCUGGACCAAGGCUACCAAUAUGUUCUGUUGCUCACAUGCACAAAAUGCUGGAGGAAGUCAGCGGGCCAGGAUACCUCUACAGAAAGGAAUAAGCAGUCUUCAUUUUGGGCCAUUACCCAUACACUACGGGCUGUGGAAAGUGCCACUUGUUCAGUGGGUUUUGGCUUUAAAAGAAAAGUUGUACUUUUAAACUGCUCUAGCACUCCACUGAGUUGAGCGCCUUUAAAUAGCCUGUGAUUUUCCUGGUAGGAAAACAUUAUAUUCAGUGUUAGACUAAAACUUUGUGAUAAUCUGUAGGCAGUGGCACAAUAGCUGCCGCCAACACUCAUUGGCAUUGACCUUGGAGACUCACACGCGAUGGGAUUGUGCCGUGCCACAGAUUGAGAAUGUGCAUCAAUCACAGGAUUACUGUCUCAUCCGAAGCUGGCAAUGUAAUCUGCAACCAUUGAUUUCCUCACUCGAGCUGAGUUUUCUCUUAGAGACAGGCAGAGCAGCCACAACACACAGACCACAAACAACAUCGCAGAGGUUUGCUGAAUGAAUCAUCGCCAAACAUGUCAGUCCAGUGACAACAGUGCAGAGGAGGACAAAUCUAGUCUAAAUUAGUUCCAUUUAAACAGAAUUAUUUUUUCCACGGUUUUUUUUUGGCGGGAUCACAGUCAUUUGUGACGUUAAAGGUAGUCAUAUUUCCCAUUGUGUCUACACCCAGCCGCUCAGAUUAAUCUCACUUCCCACCAACUGGCUGUUAACCUUGUAGGUAGGUUUACUGGAGACACAAGAGAAUCUGCUGGAAUUGCUGGAAUCUGGAGCAUCAAAAAUCUGCCAGAGCAACUGAGCGGAUCGAGCAGCAGCUGUGGGGGCAAAAAAUCCUGUUUGUUUUGUUACUUUUCAGUCAUUGAGGUUUUAUUUAGAGAUACAGUGCGGUGUCAAGCCCUUCUGGUGCAAUGAGCCCGCACAGCCCAAUGACACCCAUGUGACUAAUUAACCUACUAACCCGUAUGUCUUUGGGACGUGGGAGGAAACCGAAGCACCCAGAGGAAACACAGGCAGUCACCAGAAGAGCGUUCAAACUCCUUACUGACAGUGGCAGGAAUUGAACCUGUGUCACUAGCCUGUAGCUUUACUGUGCCAUCCCAGUGCUUCAUUUCAUUUCAUUUACUAAGAUAUCUAGCCUCAGUUAAUUUCAGCUGAGGAGGCAAGUUCCACCUUGGCGUCAGGAUCCAUGGAAACCCACCCAACCCCCAGUCAAUCACCCACCUUGGACAGCAAAGGUAGCAUAACCACAAGCAUUGACUUCACUAGAGCUUGACCCCCAUGGAUACUGGCCGUCAGUAGGACAGUAUCGUGCUCACUCUGCUCCCGGGAAAUGUGUUCAGUGGAAGCCAUCAGUAUGUAGUGAGCUUCAGGGGUUCUGUCAGAUUCAGAUUUAUAUUUAUUUACCACAUGUGCAUUAAAACAUGCAGUGAAUUGUGGUGUUUGCAUUAACAACCAAUGUAAGGAUGUGCUGAGGGCAGCCUGUAAGUGUCAACAUGCUUUCCGGUACCACACAGCAUUUCCACAACUUUCAGCAGAAGUACACAGGCAACAAUAAUGGCAAAACUAAACAAAGUUAAAAGUUCAACAGCAGCAAAACAAGCCCCUUUCCUCCCACCCACCCACUCAGACAGACCUCCAGCUCUAGAAUAGGCCACCUCCAGAGUUCUUGACUCUGGACAUGGGGACAUUAGACCUCUCAUUCCUAGACAUGCCAGCCCAGGGGAUUUGACCAUCAGUCCUCGAACUCUGGGUUUACCAACUUUGGUCUUUGACCUCUGGUAUUGACCCCAGGACUCGCUGAUUAUGAGACAUUGAGCUCCAGGCUUCCCACAUCUACAUAGUAUACAGGUUAUGUCCUUUACUGGCACACUCUCAGAUCAGUACAGCUAAUGUGGUGGGCUCCAUUGGCACUAGCUCUGACUUGGCGACGUUUCUCAUUGUCUCCAUCAUUGAGGAGUGAACUCCUUUGGGUACCAACUGAUAUUGAGAUACAAUGUGGGUAUUUUGCCUGAGUGAUCAUUUUCGAUUUGUGACUGCGCCCACUGUGUGCCUACAGGGUGGUUCAAUCAUCGGGAGCUGAACCUAAUAAUUGUUUCCGUACAUUGUGGAAAAUGUACAGCAUCUCCACUCAUGCAUCGACACUUCUUUUUUGCUUUAAUAGUUAAAAUAACUUUGUUCUUUAAUUACAAAGAAGUGAAUUAAUAAUUAUUUAAAAUAUGUUUCAAUUUGCACAGAAAAUGACCCUGUGAAUCCAAAUUAAAGUUGCAGUCUCUGGUGCCGUAAGUCAGGCUAACUGUUUUAUUCCUGCAGCACAACCCAAUGACUAUUGCCCUGAGUCAUGCUGUGGUAGAGAUAUUCGGUUAAAUGCUCACAUUUUAUCUAAGGAUUUAGACUGUAAGAUUGUUAUCAGCCAUUUUAUGGUCUUGUGCCAAUGAGAACUUCCUGCCUCUUGAGCCUUGACAUAUUGGAAGAGUUGCAUUGGGAGAUUUUGAAAUCACCAAGGCUGGUUAGACGACCUUGGAGAUGUUUGUGGUGGGCCUAACACUGUGAUUACAGAACGGAUUAAGUCUGUCUAUCCAGCUGGACAGUGGAGAGAAGCUCGGGCUGUUUUUACAUUGUUGAAAUGAACCAGGUAAAGAUCCAGGAGGCCCAUUCCCUAGAUUUGAGGAUCUCAGGGAGAAGCCCCUCUCUCUUCUAUAUCUUCCCACAAUGUACUUAAGACUAAAAGACUAGUUAGAAAAAUUAUAUUUAUUCCUUUAUGUUUGUAUCGUGCAUGGGAAAUGACUCAAACAUAAGGCCAAGGAGGGUGAUUAGGCAAUUCAGCCCAUCAAGUGCUCCACCAUUUGACCCAUCUAGUGCUCUGCCAUUCAGUCAGGGCUGAUCUAUUUUACCCCUCUCAACCUUAUUCUCCUGCCUUCUCUCUGUAACUUUUGAUGCCCUUACUAAUCAAGAACCUGUCAACCUCCACUUUAAAGAUUCCCAAUGACUUGGUUUCCUUAGCCAUCUGUGGUAAUGAAUUCCACAGAUUCACCAUCCCCUGGCCGCAGAAGUUCCUCCCCAUGUAACCAGAGAAUCUGGGAAAAGAAUGCUAUCGUACAUAUUGCUGAAGAACUGGUAAAGCAAAGAAUACCAAGGGUGGCAAUACAGGGGAGGCAAUUGUCAGCAAGGAAUAUAGAGUGAGAGAUUAGCAGAAAAGUAUAUAUUUUAAAAAAAUAUAUUUAUUUAUUAAAUAGAAAAGUAUAUAUUGAAAAGGCAAUAAUGUUCAGAAAACUCUGGUGAGAGAGAGAAUGCAGAGGAACUGAAAUAAUAAAUAGAAUUAGAAGAACAUGUAUGAAUAGGAGUAAAUACCCAGGAAUACUGGAAGCACUGCAGUAGAGAGGGGAGAGGUGAAUUGCUGUCUGUAGUUUGAGUUAGGAACAGGCGCUACACCCAUGGGUAGUGUGUAGAGUACUGUGCGAAAGUUUUAGGAACUUAUAUAUACACACACACACACACACACACACACACCUCCCCCCCCCCCCCAGGGUAUUUAAGACUUUUGCAAAGUACUCUAUAUUGGUUAAAAUAGGAAGGUAGUUGGGAAACAGAAACCGGAGUAGCUUUGUAUUAACCCAGUAGCAUUAAGUGUUAUUUGGUAACUGGAAAGACAUAAUAUAUAGUACUGUGCAAAAGUCUUGGGCACCCUAGCUACGUACAGGUAUAUGUGCCUCAGACUUCUGCAUAGUACUGCAUAUAUAUAUAUAUAUAUAUAUAUAUACACACACACACACACACAUAUCGCACCUAUAUUCAUCACACACAAACGCACACAUAUGACAUCUACACACAUCACACGUACACAUACAUCCAUCACAUACACACACCAACAUAUCAAAUGCAUACAGAUCACACACGCACACACACACACACACACACACACACACACACACACACACACACACACACACACACCUGAUGUGAUCUCCAUAGUGAGAGGCAAUUGCUUACUUGCAUUGAUCUGAACAAUGAUAAUUUUUUUAAAGCUUCACUUAGAUUCAUCUCAUUAAUCAAUUUUUUGUUUCCUGCUCUUUUAUAUAAAACCAUUACCUUCCACACCUUUAGACCCACUCAGGUUAAACGGAUGUGAUUCACUCCCAAACCAGAGAUAAAUCUGCUUGUGCAAUGCUGAAGCCAAGGCUUUCGGUUGAAUUUGUUAAAGCGGAGAUUUUGUCUGGCCUCUUGGGAAGAUGUAACCGAUCUUGUUGCACUUCUCGGCAGUGCUGCAGACAAUGUGUAUCCCUCCACAAUAUGGAUAAACAAAAACAUGACCUGCCUCAAUAUCAGAUAAUGUCUGUGGGAUCUCGCAUGUCAGAUUAGCUGUUGAAGUUCAAGGUCAGGUUUAAUUGUCACUCAACCAUACACAUGAAUACAGCCAAACGAAACAGUGUUCCUCCAACAACAUGCCAAGGUGCAAACCACAGUACCAACAGUCAUACACAGCAUAGGGCACAAACAGCAUGUAUAAAUACAGUAGCAAUAAAACAUACAGUCACAAAAAAUAGUAAUAAUCUAGCCCAAGUUUCUAAGAGUCAUGGUCUGUAGAUUGAUGUUGCAUGGGAUGAUUAUCCUGAAGUAUAGUCUACAGUAAUGGCCGUGGUUCAAGAAUUUUUCACUGGCUGUGAUGGAUAUAAUAAUCUACUAGGUUCAAUAGUGUAAUCUAUUAGGUUCUGAAAGGCAUUGCAUAAAAGUACAAGACAGUCUAUCUUUCCUCUGGACCAACUGCCAGAAGAUGCCAAGCACAAAUUAUCCAAUUUUGUUUUGUUGUUGACUCCAUUAAGUAUUUUCCAUCUGCUCACCACUUCCUCCCCUCCCUCCUGCCCUCGAAAUCAGGAACUCACCACAUACAGAAUCACAGCCAUGAACUGGCGCCACCACAGAUUCUCCACCCAUCAUUCUUUGAUCCAGAUUAGAUCCUAAUCAGGGCCUGUGGUGUAAAUACAGUAAAACAUCAGGUCCUGCAAUGAAUUGUGUUUGUCGCUUUUUAUCAGACGUACUGUGCCUCCGGCCUUCACACAUGCGAUCAAAGGCAGACAUGCAGGCAGUAAAGGGAUUGAACUCUUCCUCAUCCCUUUCAUUAUCAAGUUGCCAGUAGAGUGUCUGUCUUCCACCCUGCUGCUGGUAAAUUGCCACCUCGAUGGCUGUAGAUUUGCUUCUGUACAGUGCACAAAGUGACUGACUUCCUGUAUUCUGUAAUGACACUGGGUACUGCUUUUGCUGCUAAUUUAAUUGCCAACUCCUAACUUCAACCAGUCCAGUUAAUAAAAAUAAAUUGUAAAUUUAACCGGUGAAAAUGUCUUCAGUGUUUUAGACAGAUGAACUCCUCAUAGCUCCCAGUAAAGUUGGGUUUCAGACUUCA